AUGAGAAAACGACAUUUCUACUGCGCUGCCGUCCUACUCAAUAUUUGUUUACAUUCUCAUUCUACCAAUGUGUACCCAGUUCCUCGAAAAGCUGAAUAUCUCGAUGAAGUAAUCAGUGAUUAUCUUUGCGAAACUACGUACUUUGAAAGCAAAAUAGUAAUGAAUAGUUACCGGACAGGAUGUCAUAGAUUGUGGAACGCCGAUUCAAAUAAGAAAUUUCCGGCCAAAUUGGAAGAUAACCAUUUCGUCAACGGAGCACAUAGAACUUUAUUCUCAUGGCCAUUGAAUCAUGCUACGGAUAGUUCAGACAUAAGGUUUACUGGGAUUUAUCGGACUGUUUUUGACAUAAAUUGUAGAUUUCAUGGCGUGGUGAUACGUCGAGAAAACAACCAUGAAGAUUGCAUUAAAUUUUUAGAUCGAAAAGAAUUUGAUAAUUUUGGUAUGAAACUUGAGGAGUACGAAAUCCACAAAUGUGACCGAGCAGUCUUCGGAGAAACUUAUCUCAAAGCCUCCAUCAAAGUAGCUUGUGAAGCAAGUCUAAAUCCACGCUCCAAUAGAUACCCCUUAGUACAUGCAGAAUCGCCGUCAAAAAUUAUCACUUACAGAUGGCCUCUGCGUCAGAAUGAUAAAAUUCAUGAAUCGCACCAAGGGGGGUCAGAUUACCAUUUCAGAUAUUUUGUCUUGUAUACGCAUGAAGGUGGUCCUGUGCGCGUUAUUGAAAAUGGUAGAAUCUCAUGGCAGACAUGCCCAUCAGAAAAAAAGAUUAUUCCCCCUAGUACGUACGAGUCUAAUAUCAUCGGCGCCCUAGAAGGUAUAGUCUAUGAAGACAAGAAAAGCUAUGAAUGCAGUGGUCAGGUAUUCACGGAUAAAUACAUACAGGAAGUCUUUUCAAAAAUAAAGACCGAGCUACAGGAUUGGAGUAACAACCCGACAAGGAGAGAUAAAUAUCCUCAACUGAAGCACAUAGGUCAAGAAAACGCUGUAGACAUGGUCUGGAUGUGGUACCUUCGUAUUCGAGAAGCAGACUUUAUGAGGUCAGAAUCCAAUGAAAGAUACGUACUAGCAGUGGAUAGAAAUCUUGAAAGCUUUAACGUUUUUUAUGUUGAGGACCGCAAAUACACCGUAUGUGUAACGAGAUACAAAUAG